AUGCUCUUAUGGGUGGUGGAAACUGAACUCUUUAGACAAACCACCAUGGUUACACAUUCCAACCCUUCACUCCUCCUCCACCUUUCCCUCGUCACCACUGCAAUGUACUUUGCUGUUUCGCAACCCUUCAUCGGCGUGAACUACGGCCAGGUCGCCGACAACAUUCCGGCGCCGGAGGCCUCGGCUGAGCUUCUCAAGUCUACGACCAUUGGAAAAGUUCGUCUAUACGGCGCCGAUCCGGCGUUCAUCAAGGCGCUAGCGAACUCCGGAAUCGGAAUCGUCAUCGGCGUGGCCAACGGCGACAUUAUGAGUUUGGCCUCUGAUCCCGACUCGGCGACUCAGUGGGUUAACGCGAACGUGUUGCCACAUUACCCCGAGAGCAACAUCACUCUGAUCACCUUGGGCAACGAGAUCAUGAGCUCCGGCGACGAGGGCCUCGUCUCGCAAGUUCUCCCGGCAAUGCAAAAUGUCCAGAAUGCCCUCGACUCGGCCUCACUCGGCGGCAAAAUAAAAGUUUCCACCGUGCAUUCAAUGGCCAUUUUGACUCAGUCGGAGCCUCCCUCGGCCGGGUCGUUCGACCCGGGUUUCAUGGAUAUCCUCCAACCGUUGGUAGCGUUUCUGAAGAAUAACGAGUCACCUUUUGCCAUCAAUCCAUACCCGUUCUUCGCUUACCAGAGCGACCCGAGACCCGAAACUCUCGCAUUUUGUCUAUUCCAACCAAAUUCGGGUCGGGUCGAUAAGGGUAGCGGAAAGAUUUAUUCCAACAUGUUCGACGCUCAGGUGGAUGCUGUGCACACUGCUUUGAGCAAUAUAGGGUUCGGGGACAUUGAGAUUGUGAUUGCUGAGACAGGAUGGCCCUCUCGUGGGGACACCAAUGAAGUAGGAGCCACUGUUGAAAACGCCAGGGCCUACAAUGGAAACCUCAUUGCACACCUCAGAUCAAUGGUUGGCACUCCUUUCAUGCCUGGAAAAUCUGUGGACACAUUCAUUUUUGCACUCUAUGAUGAGGAUUUGAAACCUGGUCCAGCAUCUGAGAGAGCAUUUGGCCUGUACAAAGCUGAUCUUACCAUGGCAUAUGAUGUUGGCCUAGACAAGUCUAGCUCUAACCAUAAGAAUCCACCAACUAGUCCUGAAAGGGAAACACAGUGGUGCAUCCCAAAAGUGGAAGUGAGUGAGGCUCAAUUGCAGACAAAUAUUGAUUAUAUUUGUGCUAGCCAAGUUAUAAAUUGUGGACCAAUUCAACCAGGAGGUGCUUGUUAUGAACCUAACACAGUAUUAUCUCAUGCUGCCUUUGCCAUGAAUCUCUACUACCAAAAGGUUGGAAGAAAUCCAUGGAACUGUGAUUUCUCUCAAACAGCAAUGCUUACAUCUCAAAAUCCAAGUUACAAUGCUUGUGUUUAUGUUGGUGGAAGUACCUGA